AUGGAAUCUCCCACGAAAGACGACGCUGCCACAACCGACACCGACCCCCUCCCGCGUCUGGUGCACAUAGGCGAGAUCGAGUUCCAUCUGGGCGAAGUGACCAUCGGCCGCGAGACGCCGCGAGGAACCUUUCUCUUCUGCCCCAUCACCGGCGGACACUUCACCACGGUCUUUCCCCUCCCCUCCGGCUUCGGUAUCCACCACUCCACCGCAACCACCGGCCUGCGAGCCGAGAUCCUCCCUGGCGGCGGAGACUAUCCACUCAUCCAUGACGGCGAGCGAGCCGAGCUGAAUGUCAGCGUUGUCGCGAAGAGCCUUAUUAACAACAACAACAACAACAACAACAACAACAACAACAACAACAACAACAACAACAACAACAGCGAUGGAGACAAGAACGCACGAGACAUUUUCCGCAUCACAUCCUUCGGCGUUUGCGAGUGGAAUGACCUCGUCUUCGACAUGAUGGGCCAGGCGGCCGGCGCUCGCUCGACGCAGCUGGGCGAGGUCAACGCGUGGCAGGUCUUUCGCUUCAACACGGAUAGCCGGGAAUAUGCCUGGCUGAACUGGGCUUGCGUUAUUGGGCAGGAGAGGCUGCUGUAUGAGGAUGGGAUGAUGGCCAAGACGCAGAUGAAGCUGUUCCAGUUCUUGGUUAGAUAG